AAGGAGGAAGUCGAAUACUCCGGACGGGGCAUCGAAAUAUUAGUCGGGUAUGCAUCCGGUGAUCGUUCGGUCGUGAUAGAUUCGGUCGCUAUAAAUUCGGAAAAAUAAAAAAGAUCUAAUCGGGCGAACCGUUUCGAAAGUAUCGCCUUUAGUUGUGGGAACAGUGUUUGGAACUCUCGUCGGGAAACUCGAAGCGGUCCGGUCCAACUUCAUAUUCUUAUAAGGAAAAGAGAAAAGCACGAGGAAAGAUGAUUUUGGCCAACUUGCUGAGUCUGCUUCUGCACGCGUUGUACUUUAUUUCCUGGCCUUUCUUCAAACUCGUUCACAUCAGGAGACGGGCGAACAUACCACCGAUUAAGAAUCCUCUGUUAAAAGUUAGCGCAACCACGUUAGCCAACAAGAUUAGAAACGGAGAACUUUCCAGCCAGACUGCGGUGGAAGCAUAUAUCGAUCGUAUCAAGGAAGUAAAUCCUUUCGUGAACGCUGUAGUAGAGGACAGAUUCGAGGCGGCUAUAAACGACGCAAAAAUUUGCGAUCAGAUGCUAAAGACGGGCCAAGUUACCGCCAUUAUUUUAAAAAAGGAGAAACCACUUUUUGGAGUGCCAAUUACCAUCAAGGAAAGCUGUUCCAUUGCAGGAAUGAGUUUAACGGGUGGCAACUUGAAGAGGAAAGGAAUGAAAGCUGACGAAGAUGGAUCGGUAGUAGAAAUUGUAAAAAACGCUGGAGCUAUACCCCUAUGCGUAUCCAAUACCUCUGAACUCUGCUCAGGAUUACAUGCGUCCAAUUUCAUUGUCGGUUCGACUAAGAAUCCAUACGAUACGAGGAAAUCACCAGGAGGGUCGUCGGGCGGAGAGGGCGCGUUACUCGGCGCAGGAGCUUCUCUGCUUGGAAUUGGCUCGGACUUCAUCGGUUCCAUAAGAAUACCGAGCCUAUUCAAUGGCAUUUUUGGUCACAAACCUACUCCAGACAUUAUUCCCAUCAAGGGACACUUUCCAAUGUCAAAAGAUCCUGCGUUCCAAAGAAUGUUGGUGCUCGGCCCGAUGGCGCGAUACGCCGAAGAUCUUCACUUGGUCGUCAAAAUACUGAGCUCCAAAUGCGAGAAACCGUUACGUCUGGACGAGCCAGUGGACGUGAAAAGUCUCAGGGUCUUUUACCUGGAAAAUUUCGACAGUUAUUGCGGUACAAAAUCAACUACGUCGGACAUAAGACGAACGAUCAAAGAAGGGACACGUUACCUCGCUGAGAACGGUGCACGCGUCCAACACUUGUCGCAGGACUGGGUACACGACGCGUUCAUAUUCCUGAUGUCUUUUUGUGGCGAUCUCGAGUUCCCCGAGGAAUGUUUCGACAAUGAAAAUCCCGAGGGAAAGAAGAGUGCGAUGCUUGGACUUAUAAAGGCCAUGUUCGGUUUGUCGGAUUGUACGUUCGAUCUCGCCCUUAUACGACUGCUAGACGACAUGCACGGAUUCGUUCCAGUCUCGAAGAUAGAACACUAUAAAACCCUUAGAGAGGGCAUCCGUUCCAGACUCAAUAAUCUGCUGGGCAACGAUGGAGUAUUCGUGUGCCCCACGUUUCCACAACCGACCACUUAUCCAGGCUUGAUUCCUUUUAGAACCGACUGCACCAUUUAUUGCGGGUUCGGCAAUAUGAUGGACUUACCAUCAACGCAUGUCCCGAUGGGAUUGAAUAACGACGGCCUGCCGAUUGGAUUUCAGGUGAUGGCUGCAUCUUACCAGGACCGUCUUUGUUUAGCUGUCGCCAGAGAAUUAGAAAAAGCCUUUGGAGGCUGGGUUCCACCUCCUAGCUGAAUACCAACUCGAUCGAUACUCAUACUACAAGAAAGGAACGUUAUUAAAAAGCACCAUUUCUACCAAUAGAGACUGCGAGCCAAAUUAUUUAAACGAAAAUAGCAUGGACCACGCUGGACCAUUUAAUAAUAUUCUUUUACUUACAAGUUGGAUUACAUCUGUAGAAGAACAACGCAACGUAUGCACAGUGUCAAGUUCAUUCUACAAAAUAAAAAGAACGAGUGUACGAUCGAAUAAAAUAUUUUGGUAUUUUUCCUCUUUACAAAA